CUAAUUUGCCUUCAACCUAUCCCUUCAUCUGUAACCACCCAACUAACAUGGGCGCCGUCGUCAAAGUUGUGCCAGACCAGGACGAGUACCUCGAAAUCCGACCGGGUCUAUUCAGAAGUACCAUCAUCCUCACCGCAGGUCCCUUAGGAUUGCCGAUUGCCACCUUCUUGAUCAAGGGCAACCCUGUUCCAGAUCAACCCGAGGCCCACGAGUGGCUCAUGGUCGAUGCGGGGGCACCCCCGCAUGCAGACAUGAUCGUUCAACACGUCAAGGCGGUUCUAAAGCACCCCAAGGAUUCCCUGAAGUACAUUUGCAUCACCCAUGCCCACCUCGACCACAUAGGCGCCAGCAUCGCUCUCUUGGACGCAUACCCUGGAUGCAUGGUCGUCAGUCAUCCUGAAGAGAAGCCCUUUUUGUGCGAUGGCAUGAGUUUUAAGUGCUGUGCUGGCGAUACCUGGAUCUUCAAUAUCAUGAAGCACUUUAUGAAAGGUUCAAAGAUACGCGUGCCCGAACACAGGACGUUGCUUCUGCGAGAAGGGGACGAGUGGGAGUACUCGGGCCUCGUCAAAGUGGUUGAGACUCAUGGACAUACUCCAGGGUCCAUCUCGUUUCUACACGUCCCCACACGGUCCAUCAUGAUCGGCGACGCCUCCAAGAACCACAUGUUCCUCUACAAGGAGCCUCACCUAUCCUAUCCAUUACCCAUUGGCACAUGUCAUAUGGGCAACGCCAUCAAGUCCAUGGACAAGAUCAUUUCACUCAAUGACCAUGUCGACACUAUCUUUCCUGCUCAUGACUACAGUCCUGAGGGCAUCAGUGUGGCCCAGUUGCAAGGGUUACGCGCCUCGGAUCCCCGCUAAGGGCGAUAGUACAUAUAAACAAAAUUACGUCGUGACUCACUAUCCCAGGUGCCUAUUGUAGAUUAGUAGACUAGACGCACGUA